AUGGCAGACUUGGCGCUCUGUGGUUUAAGGUGGACAGCAUCGCCAAUCAUCAACAAGCUCCUAGCUGAUGCUACAGAUUACCUCAGCGUGGACUUGGUGCGUGAGCUCCAAAAACUAGAAGCCACUGUCCUGCCACAGUUUGACCUGGUGAUACAAGCGGCAGGGAAGAGCUCCCACAGGGGCAAGCUGGAGGCAUGGAUCCGGAGGCUCAAAGAAGCCUUCUAUGAUGCUGAGGACCUGCUGCAUGAGCAUGAGUACAACCUCCUCAAGCGCGAGGCAAAUAGUGGGAAGGAUCCCAUGGUAGGGGAGGAUGAAGCCUCCUCCAUUGCAUCGACCAUCAAGAAGCCAGUUCGUGCUGCUAAGAGUAGGGCACGCAACUUGUUGCAAGAGAACAGAAAGCUAAUUAACAAGAUGAAAGAACUCAAGGAUAUCCUGCUUGAAGCCAAGGAGCUUCGCGAUCUUCUUGGCUUACCACAUGGCAAUACCGUCGACUGGACACCAGCUGUACAUGGAACCGUUGUUCCUACAACAACAUCACUUCCCACUUCAAAGGUUUUCGGUCGCGACAGAGAUCGUGAUCGUAUAGUUGAUUUUCUUCUCAGCAAGACGACAACUGAAGAGGCAAGUUCAUCGAGGUACUCAAGUUUGGCCAUUGUUGGAACGGGAGGAAUGGGGAAAUCCACCUUAGCACAGUAUGUCUAUAAUGACAGGAGGAUUGAAAAAUGCUUUGACAUCAGGAUGUGGAUCUGCAUCUCACGCAAACUUGAUUGCAAACUACGAGACAUACUGCAACAGUCACAGAAAUUCCUACUUGUCUUGGAUGAUGUUUGGUUUGAAAAAUCUCAUAAUGAGACAGAGUGGGAGCAACUCCUCGCUCCAUUAGUCUCUAAACAGUCGGGAAGCAGAGUUUUGGUGACUUCUCGAGGUGAAAUGCUCCCGGCCGCUGUAUGCUGUGAACAAGUUGUUCGUUUGGAAAACAUGGAUGAUGCUGAGUUCUUGGAUCUCUUUAAACACCAUGCUUUCUCUGGAGUAGAAAUUCAAGACCAGCUGUUGCGCACAAAGCUAGAACAUAUUGCUGAGGAGAUUGCUAAAAGGCUUGGAAAAUGUCCUUUGGCAGCAAAAGUUCUGGGUUCCAGAUUGAGCAGAAAAAAAGAUAUCACUGAAUGGAAAGCUGCACUAAAGCUCAACGAUUUAAGUGAGCCCUUCACAUCUCUGUUGUGGAGUUAUGAGAAGUUAGAUCCACGUCUACAGAGGUGCUUCUUGUAUUGCAGCUUAUUUCCAAAAGGUCAUAGAUAUAGACAUGAUGAGUUGGUUCACCUUUGGGUGGCAGAAGGCUUUGUUGAUUCGUGCAAUAUGAGUAGGAGGACAAUGGAAGAUGUUGGGAGGGAUUACUUGAAUGAGAUGGUCUCUGGAUCUUUCUUCCAAUCGGUUUCUGAAUGGUAUUAUGGUGAUUACUAUGUCAUGCAUGACAUCCUUCAUGAUUUGGCAGAGUCACUCUCUAGAGAAGACUGCUUCAGAUUAGAAGAUGAUAAUAUGACAGAAAUACCAUGCACUAUUCGACAUUUAUCUGUUUCUGUUGAGAGUAUGCAAAGGCAUAAGCAAAUUAUCGACAAGCUACAGCAUUUACACACUGUUAUCUGCAUCGAUCCACUAAUGGAUAAUGCAACUGUUCUUUUUGAUCAGAUAUUGCAGAACCUGAAGAAGGUGCGUGUAUUGCAUUUGUCAUUUUACAACAGCAGCAUGUUACCUGAAUCUGUUGGUGAGCUGAAGCACCUUCGGUAUUUGGACCUCACCAGAACAUCAGUUUCUGAAUUGCCUAGAUCAUUAUGUGCUCUUUACCACUUACAGUUACUUCAGUUAAACUACAAUGUGGAGAGGUUGCCUGACAAAGUUUGCAAUUUAAGUAAGUUACGACAUCUGAGAGGGUACAAGGAUCAAAUUCCCAACAUUGGCAAGCUUACUUCAUUACAACAGAUAUAUGACUUUUGUGUGCAAAAGAAGCAAGGAUAUGAGUUGCGACAACUGAAGGACUUGAAUGAGCUUGGUGGCAGUUUAACAGUAAAAAAUCUUGAGAAUGUCAUUGGAAAGGAUGAAGCCUUAGAGUCGAAGCUAUAUCAGAAAUAUCGCCUUAAAAAGUUGACGCUUGAGUGGAGUUCCGAGGAUGGCAUGGAUGCAAUGGAUAUUCUGCAUUUGGAUAUUCUAGAAGGUCUGAGACCGCCACCCCAACUGAGUGAGCUCACAAUCAACGGUUACAAAUCUGGCACAUAUCCUAGGUGGUUACUUGAGCGAUCCUAUUUUGAAAAUUUGGAAAGGUUUGAGCUUGAUAACUGCAGCUUGCUAGAAGGCCUACCACCAGAUACAGAACUCCUUCAGCAUUGCUCUUGUCUGUAUCUACGGGACGUUCCAAAUUUGAAGACAUUAUCAUGUCUUGCAGCAAGCCUUACAAAUUUGUCAAUCCACGGCUGCCCACUGCUUACAUUUGUCACCAAAAAUCAGCUCGAGCAACAUGACUUGAGGGAAAAUAUAAUGAAGGCAGAUGACCUGGCGUCUAAACUUGCAUCAAUGUGGGAGGUCAAUUCGGGAUCAGAUAUUAGGGAAGUACUUUCAGAGGACUAUUCAUCCCUGAAGCAGUUGACAACGCAGAUGGGUGAUGAUAUAUCACAACAUCUUCAAAUUAUUGAAAGUGGCCUAGAGGAAGGAGAUAUAAUAUCGGUGAAAGAAAAUACCAUCAAGGCAUGGCUUUUUUGCCAUGAGCAGAGGAUAAGAGGCAUUUAUGGAAGGACCAUGGAGCUGCCGCUGGUUCUACCAUCUGGAAUUCGUGAACUUUGUCUAUCUUCAUGUAGUAUUACAGAUGACGGUUUGGCUAUUUGCCUUGGUGGCCUCACUUCACUGAGAACCUUACAAUUGGGUUAUAAUAUGGUCUUAACUGCACUUCCGUCACAGGAGGUGUAUGAGCAUUUGACAAAGCUUGAGAGGAUUGAAAUCACUGCUUGUUGGUGUCUCAGAUCACUGGGGGGCUUACAUGCUGCUCCAUCUCUUUCCAGUCUUAACUGUACGGAUUGCCCUUGUUUAGAGCUGGCACGUGGAGCAGAAUUUAUGUCGUUCGACCUUGCUGAGCGCCUCACGAUACGUGGCUGCAUACUUCCAGCUGAUUCAUUCAUUAAUGGCUUCCCACACCUGAAAUAUCUUUCCAUUUAUGGUUGCAGAAGCUCCCCAUCCUUAUCGAUUGGCCACCUGACCUCCCUUGAAUUAUUACUUCUAGUGUGUCUCCCUGAUCUGUGCUCGCUUGAAGGCCUGUCUUCCCUGCACCUUAAGGACCUAGGUUUGGUAGAUGUUCCAAACCUCACUGCCAAGCACAUCUCACAGUUCCGUGUCCAGGAAGCGCUCACUGUUAGUAGCUCCAUAUUGCUCAACCACAUGAUCAUGGCUGAAGGGUUUAGAGUCCCGUCGUAUCUUUGUCUUUACGAUUGCAAAGAGCCGUCAGUUUCAUUUGAAGAACCCGCAAAUCUCUCAUCUGUCAAGAAGCUGGAAUUUGGGAGGUGCAAAAUGGAGUCCCUGCCAACAAAUCUGAAAUUUCUCUCCAGUCUGCAGAGUCUUGAUAUCUCUGAUUGCCCCAACAUAACAUCUUUACCAGAUCUGCCGUCCUCCCUCCAGCGCAUAAUUAUACAGGGUUGCCCCGUCUUGAAGAAGAACUGCCGAGAACCUGAUGGAGAAAGCUGGCCAAAGAUUUCGCACAUCCGCUGGAAGACCUUCUACUAG